CACAUCACCCCUCCAGUAGAUGGCGCACAAACCACAUCACCCCUUCUGGCUUCCUGUUAUGCUAGUAACAGGAAGCCAGAAGUAGAGAAGUAUGUAGCAGCUAGAAGUAGAGAGGUGUGUAGGAGGAUAUUCUUACAGAGGCUUUUGCUGUUGAAUCUUUUCGGUGCAUCGGUGAAGGUAAAAGUUUUAGAGAGAUGCUACAUGUUCUCGUCUGGAUCCUUGUGCACCAAUUCUCAGCCAGGGUCUGCUGCUUGAUUUGGGUGACACAGUCAGAAGGACAAGUGGAAGCCGUAGAGGGCGGUAACAUCACCCUCAGCUGUCAGAUCCAUUCUGACUCCGGGGAUGAAUUUUCACAGUGUUUACCCCAGUGGUACAUUCGGCAACUGGAACGGUGGAGAGAGGUGGAGGGCUUAAGUCAGCUGAAAGGAAGAGUCGUUAAGAAAAAGGACGCCAGCACAGAAAACACCACCAUCACCAUUAAAGAGCUGACAAAAAAUGACACCGAUACCUACUUCUGCACUCUGAUGUGUAAGGUGAAUGGGCAAAGCAAGCAGCACCAUGGCAACGGAACAAAGAUUCACGUCUGUGAUCCAGAGUGCAUCGCUAGGAAAAUCCUAACCGCCAGUGCCACAGCUCCGCCAGAGAUUUCUCUCGUCUUCUCGUUGUAGAGCCAGACAGCGAUGCUGGUGAAGACGGUCUUCUUCCUCUUCCGUUCUAUGCCCUCCUCGCGCUGAAGCUGGUAUUUGCUAUGGUCACAGUCACCGUGUCAUUUUCCUGCCCCCGCUGUUGAGGCUUUCGACAGUUUGACACAUCUCACACGGCGCAAUUCGAAUUUUGGAGUUAAAUGGACUGGUAAAUGGACUGCAUUUAUAUAGCGCUUUUAUCCAAAGCGCUUAGUUCAGUUAGCAGAUGCCCGAACUGGCAGCAAUGUUCUUUUCCUGUGUGCAGUGUUCGUAUGUUGUCUCAAAAAGCAUUAAUAAAUGCUUUUUGAGACAGGCUUAAAUCAUUCUCUGAUUGGAUGGGGAAUGCUAAUGUCUGAGUCCCCUCAUGGUUUCCAUUCACAGGAGAGCACAAAUGUAGAUUGGAGGUCUAUGUGUCAUGUUAUGUGAUAUAGGAUUUCAGAUGGACCAAUAGUAUUAACCCUCAUGCAACCAUUUUGCAAUGCACAUACUGUACAUUUCUCCACAGACCUCACAAACUGGUUUCAUUUCCUAAAUUAGCUUGAAUGUCAGAGAAACUGCUUGAACAAACCACUUCCUGUUGCAGUCUCGUUUACUUUACAGAACCGGAAUUAUGACGGCAAACCGCACGAUAAAUGCAAUUGGGCUACUGCCGUUUUUUAUGCCCAGUUUUAAUCUUCAUUAUCAAAGAUCGCCGCAAUACUCCAUGAUCUUCAUCUUAAUAAUAAUCGUUUUAAUAUAUUAUUGGGCAUUUAAUCAAUCUGUCUUCAUUGUGAAGCUUAUGCGACUGAUUUAAAACGGAAGAAUCAUUCAAUGUAUGGAAUUCAAAUUAAAACAUGGAUAUAAAUAAAUGGUAUUUAAUUGUGAAAUUAUUGUAAAUAAAUGAAUGAUGCAAUUGCACGUGUCCAAAUGUUAUUUCAUUAUGUAUUUUGAUAUUUUUCAUCUUGGUGGUAUAUUAGCAAUACAUGUUCUUUUAACUUUCUGCCAUAAACGCAUAGAAAUGCUUCGGCUGUGCAUUGCAUCAUAAAGAUCUCCAACUAGGACGUGAAAAUAUGACGUAGGGUAAAAUAAAUACGAAUAAAAACGCAUAUAUUUUUCUGUGGGGUAGGAUUUUUUUUUCUUACCUAGGAAAGAUAAUUAGUGCUUCUACUCUUCUUUAGUACACUCUAUGGUAACCAGACUACUUGUUUGUUUACGUCACAUCCUCCUGAGUGAUGUGACCAUAUUUGUUGAGCUUCCGGGGAAGUUUUCAAACGUGUUCGUCGAAUUCGACUUCUGCUUCUAUUGCACAAAAAAAAAAAACCGAAGGCGUUAUAAAAAAUGUUACGUUCAACCCGAAGUAGAACGCGGUGAUCUGACUGAAUUAGGGGGCGUGUCCCCUUCUGAGCGCGCACAGGCGUGGCGCUUCCUGUUCGGCAUGUUCCCCUGCAGCUCCACCGCUCUGGAGCGCCCCCUGCUGCAGGAGCAGCUGGCGGUGCGGUACCGGGUCAUGAAGAGGAAGUGGCAGCGGCUGCUUCCUGGCUGCGUGCGCUUGCGCCUGAACGGCACCGACGCCGAGCUGGUUGCCGCGGUGAAGUACUAUGAGCAAAGGAAGAAGGCGGCUCAGGAACUGUGCCAAGAGCAGAGCGAGGAGGUCAGGGAGAGACUGUCCUUCCUGGAACUGCAGGCACAGGUCGUUUUUGAGCGGGUCGCUUUUGACCUGGAGGAGCUGCAGGAGGCCGUACGCAUCAUCGACAAGGACGUCCCGCGGACCGACCGAGACCUGGCCUACUACCUUGGAGAGGGCUCCGGCAACCUUUUGGUCCUGAGAGACAUUCUUAUCACAUAUGCUGCUUUUCACCCAGAGGUCAGCUAUGCCCAGGGGAUGAAUGACCUCUGCAGCCGCUUCCUGGAGGUGCUGGACUCUGAGGUGGACACGUACUGGAGCUUUGCGUGCUACAUGGAGAAGUUCUCCCGAGACUUCAGGGCCGACGGGCUGCACCGCAAGAUCGAGCUGGAGGCGGAGUUGCUGAAGGAGCUGGACCCCCAGCUCCACGCCCACUUGGUGACGGACAGCAUGGACAGGCUCACCUUCUGUCACAGAUGGCUGCUCCUGGGCUUUCAGAGGGAGUUCGAGCACAGCGACGCUCUGCGGCUCUUCGAGAUCCUGAGCUGUGACCAUCUGGAGCUCAUCUCCCAGCAGGUGGACCGUGCUCACUACAGGGAGCGGCUGGCCUGCAAGCUGAGCCUGGACGACCGGCCGGCCUCCGAGGCCCAGGCGGUCAACGCGGAGUUCACCUUCGAGCUGUUCAUCUGCGCCGCCAUCCUGCUGCAGCACCGCGACGCCCUGCUGCGGAGCCGCAGCGAGGUGCAGCUCAUCCAGUUCACCAGCAGUCUGCAGGGGACGCUGGACCUCAACAGCGUCCUGAAGAAAGCGGAGGACCACUUCUACAACUACUGCAAGAGGUCGGCCUGGGACCACCUGAGCGACGGCUGCCGGUCUCGCAGGAGCAAAGAGGACCAGUUCAUCCACCAGCUCCGCAACCUCUUCUCCUGAACCCGCGGAAGGGUCGGGGCGGGGUUUGGAACAUUCCGGAAACUCCCCAUUGGGAUUGGUUAAAACCUGCUGAAUCAGAGGACUGUUCUAAAUGUCCUCCAAUACUCUCUGCUCUUUUUACAACUCCACCCACCACUCCGCUCCCCCCCGUCCGUCCGUCCAUCUAAAAUCAUGCUGCUUUCACCAAACUCCUCCCCCUAAACUUUGUCAUGUUAUUUGAAAUGAUGUCACAUGUUUACGUGUUCAGUUCACUUGUGUGUUCAAACUGGUAUUUAUUUUAUAGGUAAUGAAGGAAGCUGAGUACGUAUCUUCUAAAGACAUGGGAAGUGGAAGAAAGGGCUGAUAACAUAUUUCUGGGACAGUGAGUUUUCUCUGGGGGUGUGACAGGAAAUGACAUCCUGUCAUCAGAGCGCUCCUGUCUCUGGUGGGAAGGGGACUUGCACACAGCAUAGCAGGAGCCAUUUUUAAGCCGUGUUUUUAGCAGUCUCUGCUUUUUUUGGGGAACUGGUAUUUUGUGGAAGUCGUAGGCCCCGACCAAGAGCGUGACUUUGAGUUUGAAUACUGAGGGGGUUGAAUUGCGUACCCCCUGGAGAACUGCAAAGUUCUAGGGAGGUCCGGGGGGAUGCCCCCCCCCCACCCAGAAAUUUGUUUAUAAAAGCUGUGAAAUGAUAUUUACUGGUGAAUUCUAUGGAGAAAAUACUUACUGACUACUGAUCAGAAUAUCCCAAUCACAACAUGAAAUCGCCAUCUUUAUCGCAUUACUUUAUUUUUCUCAUCAUGCUAUAUCAUUGGGGAGUUAUUUGGUCUGUUUUUUAAUAUUGGGGGAGUUGUAACCCCCCCCCCCCAGCCCCCAUAAAUCCCGCCCUUGGCCCCGAGUCUCAGUCCGUCGGUCUGAGAUGGCGGCUGGUCGCUGCGUCACUCUGAAACGGUGCGUAAUAAUAGCGCAGACUUCACGCGCGAUGCCGUGGUCUCUGAGACAGGCCGUGGACCGCUGCCAGGCGGGGGCUCUUUCUAGAAGACCCCCCCCCCAGCACCAGGAGAGAGCGGUCUCCGCUGUCAGCCGCCCAGAAAUAGCCCUGGCCGGGAAACUGCUUCUGCACUGGAAAGAUCAAGAUGCAUGCUGGGCCACCAAAGGCCUACACUUUCACAGGUAGAGAUCUUUAAAUUAUUUUUUUUUUUUUGGUUUGUCAAUCGUACAAAAGACGGGGCCCACGGAAUUUUGUGGGCCAAGGAAUUUUAAAGACCUCGGGUAAUCCAUUUUUAAGGCACAAGAGAAACCUUUCCCAAAAUUCUCCUGUUCCCUGUUAACCCAUACAGAUGAUUAUCCAGGUCCUUUCCUCUGGCUGCCGGGGGGGUCCUUUCCUCUGGCUGCCGGGGGGGUCCUUUCCUCUGGCUGCCCAGGCACCUGCUGGGCCCAGAGACGUGUACUACGUUUGGUCAACAUGUUUCACUGUGGAAAGGACCUCGAAUGUUCUGGGUGUUUUCCACUGUAGGUGGAGGGGGGGCGGGGGGGGGGGGGUCAUUCAGUGUCACUCAGUGUCCAGGACAUCCCAGACAGGGUCUUCCAGACGCAGGGUAGGUGUAGUUCUCCCAAAAGCAGUCUUAGAAGGCCAGUGGCAUUAGCCAGAAGGCUGAAAAGAGACAGUUAAAAGAGGGGGGGGGGGGGGGUUAUUUUGAGAUCGCCUUUUGACAUUUCAGCUCCCAGGCAGCUAGGAGUCUGACUAAAAGAAUCAGUAUUUGCACGUGGGGUCGGCUGAAUUUACCCUUUAUGUAGUACAUGAGAGGAUUGGAACAAUUUAAUGAAUUGUGGGGGAAGCGAUUUUAAGUCUUUCAGCAUCAAGAUAGUCUCUGUUCAGCCAUCGCACCACUCUUAAUGAACCACCGCGGUACCCGUUUCAGAUAUUUCAGAUUGUCUCUCAGAAACAGUGAACUUGACCUCCAGUUGUGGUCACCAGUGGUAGAAUUCCUUUCCAAUGAGUACACUUGUACUUGGAUUUGGAACAUACCAAUAAUAUUAUCAUUGCUGUUAUCAUUGCUGCUGACACCACAUACUCUUUAUUCUGGGGUAAAAUAAUGCUUAAGAAGGUUUUUAAUAAGUCACUGUCUAAAUAGGUAUUUGCCUUACAUGUUUGCAUUGAAGCGUGGAUGACAUGGGUAUUUGUGUUUCUUUAGAAUGUAGCAAUUCAUAUUGAUCAAAUGAUUAUUUAAAGACAUUAAAGCAUAGAAUUGUAUGCUCCUAGUAUUUUCUCUCCGUUGUGAUACUAUAUGUACAAUGAUGUUGCACGCUCGUAUGCUUUUACCCAGAAUUAUGUAUUGUGAUACAUAAUUAUGGUAUUCACAAUAUGCUCUAUAUGGCGUGAUGUUCUGUAUGUGUCACUUGUUUUAUUAUGAUUAUCAAAGUGUGUUCAAUAAAAAUGUCAACAAAACA